UGGCAUCUCAAAUCAGUGGCCUCAGUCACGCUCUUCGUGCCCCAUCGACAUGGCGCACAAUUCCCCAGCUAUGUAGAUGAAUAUUUUUUAGUUUCUCAAUAAAUAAUUCAUUCACAAUCUGCUGCAGUGACAGUGACUGUGAACCACCUAGUGACCUCGUAGUGCUAAUAACAUUUUUAAAAAUAAAAAAUACCUAAUCGAAAUGGCAUUUUUCGAGCCACGAAUAUAACCCCCUUACUUAACGAAUACGCGACAAUCUUAAAAAAAAAUCAAGAGUGAAAGUACGACUUUGACCUCAUUGGUGGUUGAUUAUUAUCACUGAAUGUGGACCCGCGAAUUUCAUGAAAUUUUGUACUUUGAGAUUGUCUUGUUUUAUUUAUUUGAGAUAAUUUUUGUUUCCAUUGUCCGUUAAUUUCUAAAUAAAUUGUUGGGAUUACAAUGAGCGCAGAGGACGGUCGUACGGCUGAGGUGAUUCGGGUUGGCUCACGCAAGAGUGCAUUGGCAUUAAUACAAACGAGAUACGUAAUAUCAUGUCUCAAGGAAAUACAUCCGGACAAAACAUUCGAAAUAGUAACAAUGAGCACAAAAGGUGACAAAAUACUUGACAUAUCACUGCCAAAAAUUGGUGAGAAGGCCCUAUUCACUCAAGAGCUGGAAUUGGCCCUGGAGAGUGGGAGGGUUGACUUCCUAGUUCACUCCCUGAAGGACCUGCCCACAACUUUACCCGAGGGAAUGGUCCUGGGGGCGGUUUUGAAGCGCGAAGAUCCCCGAGACGCUGUGGUCAUGUCCAAGAAGAUGAACGGGAAGACAUUGGCGACGUUGCCAGAGGGAAGUGUAAUCGGUACGAGUUCCUUGAGAAGAUCGGCGCAAUUGGCCAGGAACAUGCCUCACUUGAAGGUGCAGAGCAUCCGGGGGAAUUUAAACACGAGAUUGAAGAAGCUGGACGACGAGGAGGGUCCUUUCGCAGCGAUAAUUCUGGCGGCUGCAGGAUUGAAGCGAAUGGAGUGGAACGACAGGAUAAGCCAACUGUUGGAACCAGAGGAAGCUCUCUAUGCGGUUGGACAGGGUGCCCUGGGAAUUGAGUGUCGCGAGGCCGAUUGGAAAAUUCUAUCCCUCUUGGAGCCGCUCUAUGACGUCGAUACAACAAUCAACUGUGUCUGCGAGAGGUCUUUUUUGAAAACACUUGGCGGUGGUUGCUCAGCCCCCGUGGCAGUUUGUUCGUCACUUAAGGAUAAAUAUCUUACGAUUACUGGGGCAGUUUGGUCCCUUGAUGGACAGACCCUCAUCAAGGAUUCUUUGAAGAAGAAAUUGUACCUGCCGGACGAUGAUGGUGAACCUCCAAAAAAAUGUCCCUAUCGUGAGCCACGCCUCUACUGCAGCAUAGCCCCGGGUAAAGUAAGCAGUAUGGGUCUGCUUGGUGCUGAGCAACUUGGGAAAGAAUUGGCUGAGAGUUUGAUCAACAAAAAUGCCCUGGAAGUAAUGUCGAAGGCUCGCGAAGAAGUUUUGAGCUCCACCAGCUAAACUGCCACUCAAAAACAAAAAAAGAACCAGACGGGAUAUUUUCACUGCCUAUAUGCCAGUGGCAAAGUCGUAAAACGAAAUGAUAAUUAAUCUCAUCUCGAUUUACCACAUGCUCACUGUGCUCGUGCCCCACUAGUUGGAGGAAGCACAAUUCCAGGUGGGCUCUCUGCAAUCACUGUAUAAAAUCCAAUAAUUUCCAUUGUCGAGACCGCCGGUCUUUUCUUUUAAUUCUGUACAAAACCUUAUUUUUGUUUUCUGUUAAAACUUUAUUGAGAUAUUUUGUCGACGUAAAAUUGUGAAUUAUUAAUCAAUUCCAACGAGCGUAGCGUCACAUGGAAUUCGUCUCACUAUUGGUGAUAUAACAAGUUACGAAACGCUCGGUUGUACAGCGAAUGAGGAAAGGAUCAUUGAUAAUAGUUGUUGUAUUUAGAAAAUAUAUUAUAUUGUAAAGACGAGCAGAUUUUUCAACGAAAAUACUCUGCAAGUCCAUUCUGGGAUAAUAAACAGAGAGGAUAUUUGGGUUUAA